CAAUGGCGUCGGCUCUUUCGUUGCCGGUGAUGCCCACGUGGGCGGGCACUUUGAGGAGUACUACCGGUGGCGCCUCCGGGGGCCGUCUCGCGAUGGCAUCUCUGAUUGCUGUGAGGAGUGUGAGGUGCCGAUGACCGUCCAGAUCCUGCGGCCUGUGUAA